CAUUGACAAGCCACGAGGCAGUUGACCUAGUCACGGUGGAUUGCUGAGAACCGUGACAGUAAGCGCUGCAAUCCUACGGCUAGCAAAGUCUUGGACACUGGUCACGUCUCCGUCUAGUCGUAUCGAAUUUCUCGCUGUCUUCCUCGAGCUACUCGCGUCAACUCCGCAAUUGCCAAUCACAUAAUUAUAGGCUAUAAAAUCGAGCAAGCGGUGGAGUCGCUGUUGCAGACUUAAAACUUCUCCAUCUGCAUAUAUUGCGACUUUGCAAUGGGAUUUGCAGACUUGGUCAACGCUGCAAUCACCGCUAGCCAUGAACAGGACGCAGAAGGGAACUCUGCCAAUUCGUCGGGACAUGGCAAACACGAUGACACCGGUAACGUUGACUCACGGACUUCGAUAGACCAGCACAUGAGCCGCGUUGAAUCACCAGCCCCAAUUUCACCUCCCAGUUCUCCGCUCAGGACACCGAGGACUGCUCUCCCUGACACACCCUCAAACCGUACAGGACCACCGCGCUCCUUGUCUUUCAGCUUCUCCCACCCUAGUUCUUCAUCCAUCCCCCGUCAAAUGUUUGUCAAUGGCCAGCAGGAAUACACCGACGCCUUUGAAAAUGAUUUGGGAGAUCAUGGAAGAACCUCGUUUCAACAUAAUUCAAGUUCAUCAAGCUUCCGCGGUGCGUUCGAGCUUAGCCCUUCCCUGGGAAAAGCGACCGUAGAUAAGAAGGGCAAAGCAAGAGAGAGCAAGCUGUUCGAUCGGUCCCACGAUUCCCCAAUAGAGGAGAAGCCGAAUUCAAUAUUUCCGGAACCUUCUAACACAAUAAUUGAAGAGGAAGAAGAGAAGGUAGAGCGGAAACCCAUGUCUCGCCAUCAAACAAUAGGACCCACUCGCAAGCCCACUGAUCCUCCUCCUCGGGACCUCCAGCGCUCUCAAUCUCACCCUCCCCGAGUAGAGACCAAGAAGCCAGGAACAUCCGCAAAAUGGAGCAAAUUACGUGGUCUCUUACCUUCUGUCAUUCGCACAGGGCAAUCUGUCGGUCCUGCACCACAUUCUGUGGUUACCUCGCAUGAGGUAAAUAUCACGGACGAGCUUAUUACGGGCGGUUUGUCGACAUUGAUGCUGCAUCUGUGGUUCGAACAUGACGAGAAAGGACACCGGCGCAUCCCUGUCCUCCUUCAUCGUCUGCGCAUACGGAUUAGUGACAGUCUACAUCCCAUGCAAGCGCAUAAAGCUGUGUUUCGUAUCGAGUGUGAAUAUGCCAACGGCGCAGUGCGUUGGGUGGUCUACAGGCAGCUUCGUGAUUUCAUUUCCAUGCAUACGCAUUACGCUGUGGCCAAUGCAUUCAGCAGUCAAAAGGAUGCAUUGCCGGAGUUUCCUCGAACUAGCCUUCCUUACUUUAAAUUCUUGAAGAAGGAAUCCGGCGGGCGUCAUGUCAAGCAAACUGAUUUCGCUCGUUUGCAACGAGAAGCGCUAGAGGACUACCUGAUUAAGCUUAUACGCGCUGUUAUGUUUCACCCAACCUCAAACCGAAUCGCAGGCUUCCUUGAGAUAAGCGCGUUAUUCAUCACUCUUGCUCAGUCUGGCGGCGCACAAUAUAAAGCUGGAUACCUGCGUAUUUCUACAGAAGGAAAUGGCCCUGAGUUUGGGCGAAAGUCAGCACGUUGGCGCGAGCGGAAGGAGGCUCGGUGGUGUGCCGUUCGCGAAAGUUAUAUUGUAGUCGUAGAGGACCCAGGAGAGAUCGUAAUUUGGGACGUCUUCCUUUUUGAUACAGAUUUCAAGAUCAUUCGGCCCACGCGGUACUAUCGCAAGGGUUUGCACCUCUUGCGCCCAGAACCAGAGGACCGUGAAUUCCUUAUUGGCGUCAACGAGACACAGGCGCAGGCGCAGACGCAGUCACAGACUCAGACCCAGACUCAGACGCAGUACCCACAGGCCGAGGUUGACUGUCUCUCUGCAAUAGAUAGCAUCAAAAGUCGCCUGUCGCGGGCCCUUCGAUUUGCUAAUAGGUCAUCGCCAAAUAUUGCAGCCAAUACGGGUAGUGAGGUACAGGGCAAUGGCGAUGUUGCCACUGGAGUGGGGCAUACGAGCACAGAUACAAUCAGUUCUGGCAGCUCCGUAUCAUCUCGCCCUGCGACACCGAUGUUGGAUCCGUCUACGCACGUGAAUCCUCUGAAGGGCAGCUCUGCCGUGGAGGGCAGAGAGACCCAAGCGGAGACAAACGAGCAGGAGAAGAGGAAGAGGAAGAAACGGUCGGAUGAUGUCUCAAAGCAUACGUUCUAUGUUGAGAAUUCGCAAAUGCGGUUGAAAUUGUUUGCAAGAAAUGAGCGUCAAAUGUUGCAAUGGAUUACCGCCCUAGAAAAGGCUGCUGCUACGACCCCUUUCGUCGCAAAAAAUCGCUUCGACAGUUUCGCCCCAGUGCGAUUGAACGUCGCUGCUCAGUGGCUUGUCGAUGGACGCGACUACAUGUGGAAUUUGUCCCGGGCUAUACUUAUGGCGCAAGAGACUAUCUAUAUUCACGACUGGUGGCUGUCCCCCGAGCUGCAACUGAGGCGUCCUAAUAAGCUCAAGUAUCGCUUGGAUCACCUCCUUGAAAGAAAGGCCAAGGAAGGCGUCAAAAUCCACAUAAUUCUAUACCAGGAAGUAUCGAACCGAACUACCCCCACAGAUAGCAACUACGCGAAGCAACGUCUCGUGUCACUACACCCGAACAUCAUGGUUCAACGUUCCCCUUCACACUUCCAAACUGGUACAUUCUACUGGGCGCACCAUGAGAAGCUCUGCGUUAUUGACGAAACUAUCGCAUUCAUGGGAGGGAUUGACCUAUGUUUCGGAAGAUGGGAUACGCCACAGCAUGUCAUCGUCGAUGACCCGGAGUUGUCGGCAGAAAAGAUUGAAAUCUGGCCAGGCAAAGACUACAGUAACCCACGGGUCCUUGAUUUUCAUGCGCUAAAUAAACCCUUGGAGGACAUGUAUGACAGGACGAAGGUGCCCCGGAUGCCUUGGCAUGACGUAGGCAUGCAAGUCGUGGGCCAGCCUGCUCGCGAUAUGGCUCGACACUUUGUCGAAAGAUGGAAUUAUUUACUCCGGUUGAAAAACCAUUCUCGAAACAUGCCUUUCCUGCUACCUCCGCCCGAGUACAAACCCGGAGAACUUGCCGCGAUGGGUCUGACAGGCACAUGUGAGAUGCAAAUUUGCAGAUCAGCCGGUCCUUGGUCGCUCGGUACUCCCAAUCGAACUGAACAUUCGAUUCAGAAUGCAUACUUGAAAGCUAUCGAGUUGUCAGAGCACUUUGUGUACAUUGAGAAUCAAUUCUUCAUAACUUCGACCGUCGUGAAUGAUGUCAAGAUUGAGAAUCGGAUUGGCGAUGCUUUGGUAGACCGGAUCACCCGCGCACAUCGCGAGCGCACUCCGUGGAAAUGUUGCAUCGUCAUUCCCCUUCUCCCUGGCUUCCCCCUUCCCAUUGAUCACAGCGACGCCAGCGCAAUUCGAAUCAUCGUCGAGUGUCAGAACCGCACUAUCUGCCGUGGGCCCAACUCAAUAUUUGCUCGACUUCGUAAAGAGGGUAUAGAUCCCGAUGACUAUAUCUCUGUGUUUUCGCUGAGAAACUGGGCCAAAAUGCGGAACGGUGUAUUGGCUACGGAGAUAGUAUAUAUCCAUGGCAAGGUUUGUAUCGUGGAUGACCGUCUGGCGAUCAUUGGCAGCGCAAACAUCAAUGAGCGUUCCCAACGUGGCGAACGAGACUCGGAAGUUGCUGCAGUCAUUAGAGACACUGACCUGAUUGAUGGGACGAUGGCAGGAAACCCGUUCAAAGUCGGGCGAUUUGCACACACUUUGCGAAUGCGGCUGAUGCGAGAGCAUCUUGGCGUGGAUGUCGACGCCAUGACUGAACAUGACCCUAUGCCCCACGAAGAUACGAAACCUGACCAGGAACAAGAGGUGUGGGACCCAGAAUUGGAGCAAGAGCAUGGUGAUCGCGACGUUACUCAGGUCAAGCAUGCUUCUAUGCGGAAUAUGCUCCACACCGCAGGCGACGGUAUCAAACACGGUGGCGACGCAAUUGCUUCGAGUACUUCCCGGCACCUCAAGAAACCUACUGGGAAGGCAGAACCCCACGAGCCAAGCAAUCCGGAGCAAGAUGGAUCCCUGGAGGAGGAGCGAUUGACACACAGCCGUGAAGGCACCAAGGCGCCAGGGUUCUCCAGCACGAUGGUCCCUACUGUGGAAGAGACAGUUGUUCAAGAACGCCUGCCUCCGGCUUCGCAGGCUGAGAACCCUCCUUUGAAAGACAAGAUAGAACAUCGGCUGGGCGAAAACUCUGACCCCGUCGAGAAGCGCACAGCUGAUGGAGAAGCAAACGGUGCUCCGGCGCUUGCGUCAAGGAACCCGCAGACCUAUAACGAACCACUUCAUGUGGAGUCGGGAGUCAAUGACCCGGACGAGCUUGAGAAGACUGCUCCUGGAACAAGGGCCCUGCCCAGGAAGCAUCUCGCUAGCAAGGCCAGCAAUAAAACGUGGGUUGUGCCGACCCCCGCUCCCCAUGUAGAUCCAGAGGGUUUCGAGGACCCGAUAUCUGAUGCAUUUUGGAAGAACGUAUGGAAGGCUUGCGCUGUGCAUAAUACUGAGAUUUAUCGCAAAGUUUUUCACGCUGUCCCUGACGACCUCAUUACAACGUGGAAGCAAUACAAAGAAUUUGUCAGUCACCACGAACGCUAUUCUAAGCCGGCAACGGGUAGCCAUUCGUGCGACCCAGCAUCACGAGUACCCUCAGAGACGGCGCACGAGGAUGGGCCAUAUCAAAAGGGAGGAUUGGCGAAUGCUGCUGAGGAGAGCCGCGAGACCUUUCAUACCAACGACGGGAGCGACGGCGCCCCCAGAGGUUCUCACCCCCUAGACAAGGAUAUUCGUGGCCGAAAACCUGUGAAUGGGGUAGAGCCUUUCACCAAGCAGGAGCGAGAUGAAAUGGAGGAGCUGUUGAAAGAUGUCCGUGGGCACCUUGUUGUGUAUCCCACGCGAUUCUUGGAAGUAGAGGAUAAUGCAGGGAACUUCGUGUUCAACGCAGACAGGAUGCUGCCUCUCCAGAUCUAUGACUGAACUUUCUUCGCACCAUCGCUUUCACGGACUCAUUUCACAUAAAUAAUCAACAAUGUAUAUAUAUUACGCGCACUCCCAACAUAUGUUUUUAAGGUUCCAUUGUUUUUCAAGCUGUCUCCAUGUCGAAGACCAUCUUGUCUUCAAGGUACGGAGCGGAGAGGGCCCGGUAAUCAGUAUGCGCCCUAUGCGGGCGGAAUUCAUCCAGUUUCU